UCUGCUGUUUAUGGUAACACUUUUAUUCUGGAGAGUGUGGAUCCGGAAGUCCUGUUUUACUUACAAAGUGAAAAUGCAACAGAACACAAAAGCUGGAUACGUUUAAGGUCCAUCAAGAGCAUGGACUUCCUUGGCAAACUUGAAAUCUACAUCCCAGUGGAAGCUGAGGUGAAAAGCAUUCCUCUGUGGAGUUUACCGAAGUCGGUGAUCAGGCAAAUGGGCCUCCCCCUCUCUGGCUUUAAGGGCUCCGGGAAGCUCGCAGACUCUCCAGAAGGCAUAUGGAUUUGUCCGGCAGUCAUACGAAGGAAAGACCAGAAGCUGGCCCCCCACGCCGGAAACAAUGCGAUCGAAAACCUGUCCUCGCUGAUGGGCAGAGAGUUUCGAGCUAAUCCCGGUCCCGUCCAAAUGAGCUUUGUCUCGGCCAACCACGCGGUGUACAAGGUGCUGAAGGAAAUCAUGCCUGGCAAAAAGGGCACCGCGCACACAUCUCACGCCUCCCCGCUACCUCGGGGCUCUGCACCGCGCACUUACAAAGAUGCCGUUAUCCUCUACAAUGGGCGCAUUUACCUGUCCAUUAGGAAUCCCAAUCAGACCCGCAGUCAACCAGAGACAAGUGAACAACAGCUGGCUUCCCACUCUUCCAUUCCUUCAACAUCAGCCGUAUCAUCUAAAAGCCUAAAGAAGCGCCGCUCCCACCAGGCUUCUCUUGAACCUUCAGAGCCACAGAGGAAGAAAUCGCAUGUCACUCUGCCCCAGACCUCAAAACAGCUGAAGGAUCGUCUCACGAAGCCAGAAAAUCACUCCGCCACAGAGCAGGAGCUGCUGAAUGACAACCGGCCCAAGGAGAAACGCACCACACCCAAAGCGCCGCACGGGGAAAACAAGAAGGUCACUAUGCACAAGGGAAGUGACGUGUCCUCAACCACGAGCGCACACCACGUCCCUCAGUCCGCCGGCGGCGCGCACAAAGUAGACGGCCGUCGCCAUAAGGAUGCAGACGGAGAGCAGGCUGCAGAGGAAGCAGCAGAGGAGGGGUGGUUUCAGCCUCUGGGGGACCAGGAGAUUGAGGAGGAGGAGGCCAACAACGACGGGGGUGAAUUUGGUGAACCCAACGACACGGUUGGUCUGGUAGACCAGAGCUGGACGCCUCAGGGAGCAGCUCGAGCCUCCACAUCGAUACAGGAGUUUGAGUUCAAGCAGCUGGCAGUGGAGGAGAUGAUCGCUCGACAGAAGGCCAAACUGGAGCUCCUCAUAAUGGCAGACCACUAGUCAUCACUAGUGGCGUCACGGAUCAUAAAACUCAGGGUUCGGAGUCAAGGAUCGGUCAGCACAACGCAUUUUUCUGCCCCUGAUAUUAAUUGCCGAUCAUUGAUGAUCCAUUUUUGGCAGAUGCAGAUCCCUUAGUUGUUUGAUAGCAGCUGGUCUACAAGGAUCCAGACGUUGUUUUAGGAAUGUUUACGUGCCACAUUCCUAAAAAAUAAUUUCAAGCGCACCAAAGUCAGUAAACCAUCAAAAAUUAUUUUAAGAAAUGUUUACUUUGUUUAUUUAUGCUGAUAAUUUAUUAUGUUUUAUUUCGUCAUAAAAACCCACAAUUGAAAUGAAUAGGAAAUUAAAGAUUGGAUUAUAUUAAGGAUUAUAACAAAUCUUUUUCAGAGAUCAGAGACUAUAUAAGCUUAAAGGAUGUCCUGAUCUUAUAUGUUACUGAAUGUUGAAGCAUAACUUUGGUUAUCCCUACUUGGUGACAAAGAUUCUUUUAUAAACUACUAGUCACACUUCCUUGACAUGCUAUUGUUUUCUGUCUUCCUGACCUUUGCUAGUGGGAUUCAUCAGUCCUAAACACCCAGGAACGAGUCCUAAACGUCCUGAAACCCAGGAACGAGUCCUAAACACCCAGGAACGAGUCCUAAACACCCUGAAACCCAGGAACGAGUCCUAAACACCCAGGAACGAGUCCUAAACACCCAGGGAACGAGUCCUAAACGUCCUGAAACCCAGGAACGAGUCCUAAACACCCAGGAACGAGUCCUAAACGUCCUGAAACCCAGGAACGAGUCCUAAACACCCAGGAACGAGUCCUAAACGUCCUGAAACCCAGGAACGAGUCCUAAACACCCAGGAACGAGUCCUAAACGUCCUAAACACCCAGGAACGAGUCCUAAACACCCAGGGAACGAGUCCUAAACGUCCUGAAACCCAGGAACGAGUCCUAAAACCGAAAGAGAUCAGAGACUAUAUAAGCUUAAAGGAUGUCCUGAUCUUAUAUGUUACUGAAUGUUGAAGCAUAACUUUGGUUAUCCCUACUUGGUGACAAAGAUUCUUUUAUAAACUACUAGUCACACUUCCUUGACAUGCUAUUGUUUUCUGUCUUCCUGACCUUUGCUAGUGGGAUUCAUCAGGUCCACAGCCAAGCUGCCUGUCAGAAGUUUCUCUUAAUCCCAUUUGUUCCCAUUACUAGUUCUGAACAUUGGUCUUGUACUUUGUAACAAAGAGCCUGUCCGUCCAUACCUCUUCUUACUGUGAUUUCUGUCAUGUGGUUUCUCGGCGAUCCAACCGAGAGUUGAGUUAGAUGUUUAUUUGUACAUUGUGAAGACAUUGAAAACUCCUUUUUGAAAGUCUGAUUUUGUUUCGGACAGGAAUCUUAAAUUAAAUUCUACACCAUCAGGUUUGUCACUGC